UCCUUGUAUUAGCUAAAACAUCUCGCCUAGCUGUCGCUUUCAGGAAAGACCAACGCGAUGCUCCGCAAGGAUCUGCACGCCUAGUCAGGCCGAAUGCUUCCCGAAUGCUUCCCGAAUGCUUCACGUUACACUCCCAGAACAUCGUGAGCAGCAAGUGGCGCGCUCAGACUCUGCACCGCUGGAAGGCGAUGCCGACCUGUGCGCUGGGUCUCCACGUGUCGAGAUAACGAUAUCCUGUUAGUUGUGUCAAUUCCAUUACUUUUGGCGAGCUUGCGGGGAAUCUGCCUUCAUAUAUGUACCAUGGGGCAUCUUGCACUAUGUGGAGAGGGACUGGUGUCUUGUUCAAUUUCCUUGUCUGCUCUUAUUCAUUUCAUCACUUAUGCUACUUGAAAUCUGAGCUGAACAUCUCUUCGAUCCCUAAUUGCCGUCAUCUGUCACCUUCUCUCCUUUCAAGCUCGACAUGUCCGACCACAUCUCCUCGACACGACGCAAGAACGACAAGAACGAUGACGAUUCUAAUCUAGCUGACAACCAAUUAUUCGGCGAGGGCGAGGUCUGGGACUCGCAACGUGCCAAACAAAUCGCCAAAGACGGAGAUGCUCACUUCCAUCGUCUGGGAUGGAAGCGCCUCGCAGUUGUCACCAUCGUUGAGGCCAUCGCCCUUGGCGCGCUUUCUUUGCCCCAGGCCUACGCAACUCUCGGCAUGUUUCCAGGCGUUCUGCUCACUGUCGGACUUGGCUGCGUUGCCAUCUUUACCAGCUACAUUGUUGGUCAGGUGAAGCUGAAGUUCCCAGAGGUCGCGUCCUACGCCGAUGCAGGCCGCCUUCUGCUCGGCCGUUUCGGCUACGAACUCUUCGGUGCUGCGCUGGUGCUCGAACUCGUCAUGGUUGUUGGUUCGCACGCGUUGACCGGCAGUAUCGCGCUCAUCAACAUUAACGGUGGCCAUGUCUGUUCCAUCGUGUUCUCUGCUGUUUCCGCCAUCAUCUUGCUCAUUCUCGCCAUUCCGCCCUCCUUCUCUGAAGUCGCCAUCCUUGGAUACAUUGAUUUUGCGUCCAUCCUAAUCGCAAUCGGCAUCACCAUCAUCGCAACCGGUGUCCAAGCUGGUGACAAGGCUGGCGGCAUGUCUGCUGUUGACUGGUCUGCCUGGCCCAAAGAAGACUUGACUUUUUCGGAAGCCUUCGUCGCUGUCUCCAACGUCAUCUUCGCUUUCAGCUUUGCCAUCGGACAAUUCAGCUUCAUGGACGAAAUGCAUACGCCACAAGAAUAUAUGAAAUCUAUUUGGGCAUCUGGCGUCAUUCAAAUCUGCAUCUACACGCUUACCGGAGCGUUGUGCUACGCUUUCAUUGGCAAAGGUGUCGAUUCCCCAGCACUCCUCUCUGCUGGUACGCUCGUCUCGAAAAUUGCAUUUGGCAUUGCGCUCCCUGUCAUCUUCAUUUCCGGUAGCAUCAACACUACCGUCGCCCUGCGCUAUAUCCACGGCCGUAUGUUCAAGAACUCGGUGUUGAAGUAUAUCAACACGGUCGCCGGUUGGGCUUCCUGGAUUGUACUGGUCGCCAUUUUCACCAUCAUUGCGUGGGUUAUUGCCGAAGCCAUUCCUAUAUUUUCUGACCUGCUAUCCCUCGCCUCUGCGCUGUUUGUCUCCGGCUUCUCAUUCUGGAUUCCCGCAGUGAUGUGGUACCGUCUCCUUCGCAAGGGCAGCCCCUUUGCGAGAGAAAAUCUGUUGAUGAGCGCGGCCUGCUUGUUGGCGUUCAUCAUUGGGAUCACAACGCUGGGCGCCGGAUCUUACGCAACGAUUGCGGACAUAAUCAAACUUACCACAACUGGAACCGCGCAUAAGCCGUUCACUUGCCGCUCUGCAUAGAUCUUGUAUAUAUACUCAAAUAGCUUCUUCUCGAACUAGGCUAUAUUUCCUACUUCAAUUCAAUUUGCCCGUGGUGACAGCUUUGUGAA